CUUUGAUAUCUGGAAGCUUGAAGAGAAAAUCGUGACAUAUUUGAAAUGUUCUACCACGUCCUACAUAUCUUAUACUUUUGCAGUUCAGGCAAUAAAUCAAUUUAAAACUGAGGAACCAAUCUUUUUUGAUGGACCAGUAACUGAUGGUGAAAAAGAUUUCAAACAGCUUCCAAAACCUACUAACGUUAUUAUGAAAAAGAAAUCAGACAGACUUAAUGUCUCCUAUAAGCCAAUAACAUUCUCAGCAACACCAAAUAUUUUCAAAGGUUACAAGAUUAAAUUAUAUAAAGUUCAAUCAAAUAAUGAAUAUGAAUCAUCAGCUAAUGAGCAUUUGGUAGCUGAAUCAUCAGCAAAUGAACAUUUAAUAGCUGAAUCGCCUUUAAUUGAAGGUAUCGCAUCAAGCAAUUAUGAUUUUAUUACUAAAAAUAUUAAAUUUGAGAAAAGUAGGAAUUGCCAAGUUGAAGUGAAAGCUGAAGUGUAUGCAGUUGUAAAAAAUGAUCAAGCAAUAAAUAGUUUUCCAGAAAAAUCAGCUAGAACUAUAAAAUUUUUGCCAUCACCAAAUGAUUUGCAAAUAUCAGCCGAAGCUGAUGAAUCUCACGAGCCAAAGUUUGUAGUUUCUUGCGCUUUUAAUUCAGAAAUCCCAAAAUAUGUAUUGGGAGUUAAAAAUACAAAGACAGAAAAAACAGUUCAAAGCACAAUUCAAGACUGUUCUCCUUCGAGAAGAGUCGAAGAAAUGUUUAGUAAUAAUUAUGAUUUACUUGACUCAUCGGACUCAUCAGAAAUCGUCAAAUUUCGUGCUUUUGCACAAGCAAUUGGCGAUGAUGAUCAACUUGAUAGCGAUAUUAUAAUGUCAAUUUCCGAAAUUAUUCAAUACGCAGCACCUAAAAAUGUCACAUACGUGUAUACUAAUAAUCCAUUUUUUGGGCAUCAGUUUAAUGUAAAGUUCGAAGGACCUAAAG